AUGGCUGAAUUCGAACCCUUUCCAGUCUCCAACUUCUUCGACAAAUCAGACCUCCCCUCCCACUCCGAUCGUCCAUUCAUACCCUAUUGGGCCCGGUGUCAUACACAGCGCGCGCAAAAUCUCCUCGACUGCACCGACGAACCGAUCGAAUACGACCACGACGACGAGGAUUACAGCGACAACUGCUUCUUCUUCCCAGAAGACUGCUCGUGGACACCCCCGAAAGAGUCGGUUGUUGAGGCGCAUUUCAAAGCCCUCAAGGAGAAAUCCGAUACUACACUGCGAGCACCUACACGGACCGUCCCAGACGCUACCGGCAGCAUGAUUCCCGGGCUUCCUGAUAUCAAGAUGCUCGACUCGGAGGCGCUGGGUGAUUUGCUGGAGGACAACUUGUCCCCGCCAGAGAUUAACACAAUUCUCGUGUUUGCAACAAACGGCGCGGUGUUUGCCUACGGAUCUACCCUGUCAUCCCGCCAACUACGAAACCUAAGCGCCACCUACGGUGCUGCCUACACGUGCUACGCAAAGACCGCCUCCAGCGGGAAUCUAACUGGUGUCAACCCCGCAAGCCAUCCGUCCUCCUACGUAACAGCCCAGUCCAUGUCCCUCGGUGACGUGGGCUCAAUCGUCUUCGAGCUCGACGACUCGGUAGCCGUGGUAACACGGAUUGCUGACAAAGUUCUGCUGGCCGCCGUCGGCCCUUCUAAGCCGGAUGCUAGCACGGCAAAUGGGAAUGGUGAUAUCGGGGGAGAUGGAGCCGUAGCGGGCGAUCUGAGCAACGGCACUGCUUCGGACGGCUUAGGAGACGGCCACCGCACUCCAACCGCACCACCAUCACCCAACCCUCCGCCGCGUGAUGGAAACGAGACGCAACAUGAGAUAGAUCGAAGUGCAGACCUGGCACGACUGGCAAGCUUGAACCUUUCCGCCUCACCAUCUGUCUUGCUUGCCUUGGAGUCGAAAUGCGCCGCGCUGGGAAGAUUCUUGGGAUCAAAACUGGACGAUUUAGACAGCCCGGAGGACUUCUAA